AUGGACGAUUUCCAGGUGUUGGAGCUCAUCGGACGAGGCUCGUUUGGAUGUGUGCGCAAAGUGAGACGGAUCAGCGACGGGAAGGUGUUUGUACGCAAAGAAAUAUCGUAUGGGGCCAUGAAUAGCAAGGAGAAACACCAACUGAGCACCGAGUUUAGGAUCCUACGAGAACUGAGACAUCCCAACAUCGUGCAAUAUCUCCACCAUGACCAUGUCCAGGACGAGCACCAGGUCCAUCUGUAUAUGGAAUACUGCGAUGGAGGCGAUUUGUCGGUGCUGAUCAAGAAGUACAAGGAGAGAAACGAGUUUAUACCAGAAACACUCAUCUGGCAGAUCUUCACCCAGGUGUUGAACGCUCUGUACAAGUGCCACUACGGAACGUCGAUAGAGCCCGUCAGAGAUCUUUUCCAGUCAUCGCCUGAGCUAGAACCGAAACCCGUGGACCACCAGGUGAUUAUUCAUCGCGACAUCAAACCAGACAACAUCUUCCUUCUGUCGGACGGGUAUUCGAUCAAGCUGGGCGAUUUUGGGCUGGCGAAAUGGCUCCAGCACGAGAACGAGUUUGCCAAAACGUAUGUGGGCACGCCGUACUACAUGUCGCCCGAGGUGCUGAUGGACAGACCGUACGAUCCCGUGUGCGACGUUUGGUCGCUCGGAUGUGUUAUGUACGAAUUGUGCGCUCUACGUCCGCCUUUCCAGGCCAAAACCCACUUAGCAUUGCAGGAAAAAAUCAAGGCUGGAACGUUCCAGCCGAUCCCCGACCACUACUCGCAUAGACUACAAAUGGUCAUCAACGCAUGUCUCAUUGUCGACCCCAUGGAACGCGCUACCGUCAACCAGCUGCUACAGGACGCCUCGUUCAAACUGUUCAGGAAAGAGUGGGAAAUGACACAAUGGGAGAACCGAUUGCGCGAGCACGAAACAGAGCUGCUCUUCAAAGAACGCAAACUGAUCAAGUUCGAGGACGCUCUCAACGAAGAAUGCAAAAACAUGAAUCUCAAAUUCGAAGAAAUCAGAAACGGCUACAAAAACGAGUUCAAUUACAUGCUGGGGUUGCAACUCAACAAAGCCCUGGCAGAGCUCUUUGGCAACCAGCUGUCGCCAACAGUCAGACAACAGCUUGCCAACAGAGUAGGUAAGGAAAACUAUCAGCAGCCGGCAUUCCAAAACCACAAACUCAAGGGCCCACGCGAGCUAUACGACAGAGCCCAGAAAAGAGACGAGAAAAGACGAUAG